GAAUAUUUUUCUGUAUUGCGUUUUUUGCUUUGCAAGUGAAAAUUUGUUAAAUACCUAACAUAGUGCAGUUACUGCUGCUACUUUUAAGUAUAUAAUAAUUAUUAACUUUAAAUGUUAAUAAAUUUAUUGUCGCAAAGUAUCAUCGCAUUGUAUUUAGAAAGCAGUUGAAAAGUGUCAUUCUAAACAAAAAAAGAAGUUUCACAAUAAAGCCAAUACAGGCAUUUCUAUGCUAAGGAUCCGCUUCAAAAUGGGUCCAUUACAACAACGUCAAAGUAAGGAAUGGACCUGCUGCUUUAAUAUGCAUGUUCAUACCGCCACCAUAAUUAUUGGCAUCUGGCAUUUGUUUUUGAAUAUAUUAGCACUCAGUCUACUCGCUAUAAUAUGGCGCAGUCCACAUAUGAUGGAGGAGCUCGAGAGUGGUUACGAUUACACUGUCGAUAUGAAUGCGCCACCAUUGCCCACACCUCUCAGCAAGGUAGAACCACCAUAUCCAUAUCGCGAGACGCUCAACUAUAACAAACGAUAUCAUAACUUUGACAUGGGCGGCUUAGUCUGCACCUGCAUGAUAGCCAUCACACUUAUGAUGCUCUAUGGCGCUUUGAAGGGUAAACCCUCACAUCUUUUGCCGUUUUUCUGCUUACAACUAUUCGAUUUUGCCAUCACAACUCUCACCGCAGCCGGUUAUAUCUGCUACCUGAAAGCCAUACAUCAUCUAAUUGCCGAAUCACGACGCUUACCCUGGCGCGAGAAGUUGCUCGAAUUGUCGCAAGAGGAAUUGAUGGUUGUCGUUUUGGUUGUAUUCGUUUUCAUUGUAUUCGCCAAAGCUUACGCCAUUGGUAUCGUAUGGCGUUGUUAUAAAUAUCUUACAUUGCGUCAACAAAAUAUACGUACACUGCUACCCUGUGUCCUACCCGAAUUGGGUGGUGUUGGCAUGACGGGCGAGGAACGUCCCUACUCAACACUCUUGCCAAAUUACGAUGAAGCUUUAGCUCAGUACAUGAAACAAGCGCCACCACCAUCCUAUCAAGCGGUCAUGGCUAAUUAUCAACAUGUCGAAGCUGAGAUGGAUAAUGCCAACAAUGAGCCUGCUAUAGCAGCCGGUGCGGCAGUUGUAACCAUCGAUGAUACUUUGGACAAUAAUAAUGAUGCGCCGAAUAAUAAUAACACUGUACAUGUGAAUGCCAAUACGCCGCCAAUGAGACGCAUUGAGGCAGGCGUUGAGGGUGAAGUUGCUGCUGCUAGUGCUGAUGUUGUUGCUGCUGUUGCUGCAGGCGCUGAACAGGUUAGUGGUGGUCAAGUGACACCACCACCGCCAUAUCCGAAUGUCAAUGCUGGUCUCAUAAGUGGUAAUGUGCAAACGCCACAAACGGCUGCACAGCGUGCGGCUGACAAUAGUAAUGAGAGUCAGGCUUAAGUUGGUGGGUAGGUGGCAGGAAGGAAGUUAGUUUGUAUUGCGGGCCAAUAAGGUUGAAGCGUUGCAGUUUUUGUCUACCUAAAGACUAGUGCUGAGGUGCGACUUUACAUUUGAAAUUCUGCUGUAACUUUUGUUUACGCGCAUUUGAGAGAGAUUGAAGAGAUAAUUUUUGUUUUUUUUUUGUUUCUAUAUGAAUUAAACGCACUGUCUUGCGCUACAUACAUAUUUUAAUAAGGUUGUUGAAUCAAAUUCAAAUUUGUAGUUUUGUCAGAAAAAUAAAGCCAACAACAAGCUUUGGUUUCGGCACAUUUGAAUUUGAGUGCAGAAGGGUGUGUUAAUGAAGGCGUAGAUAUUUUUACCGACUGCUAAUGCAUUUCUGCUGGUUUUGAAUGAGGAAAACUGUGCAUAACCAAUAUUUAUGUAACUAAAAAAAAAAAUACUAAAAAAUAAAUUAUUUGUUAAAAAUUUAACACUUAACCAGAAACUACAAUAUCAAGUGCUAUAAAAAAGCUGAGAAAAAAUACACAUAAAUAGCAAAAAAAAAAAAA